AUGGAGUGGGGCGUGUGGCUGCGGUACGAGCCGGGCGAGUCGGUGCGCGUCGCAGUUCUCCACGGGGCGCAGCUGCAGGGGGCAUAUCUCCGCGAGGCGCAGCUGCAGGGGGCAGAUCUCAGCGACGCGCAGCUGCAGGGGGCAGAUCUCCGCGAGGCGCAGCUGGAGGGGGCAGAUCUCAGCGACGCGCAGCUGCAGGGGGCAGUUCUCCGCGACGCGCAGCUGCAGGGGGCAGCUCUCCGCAGGGCGCAGCUGCAGGGGGCAAAUCUCUGCGAGGCGCAGCUGGAGGGGGCAUAUCUCCACGAGGCGCAGCUGCAGGGGGCAAUGCUCGACAAGGCGCAGCUGGAGGGGGCAGAUCUCCGCGACGCGCAGCUGCAGGGGGCAUAUCUCAGCUUCGCGCAGCUGGAGGGGGCAUAUCUCUGCGUGGCGCAGCUGCAGGGGGCAAAUCUCGGCAUGGCGCAGCUGCAGGGGGCAGAUCUCAGCGAGGCGCAGCUGGAGGGGGCUCGUCUCUACAAGGCGCAGCUGGAGGGGGCGAACCUCGGGGGCGCCGACCUGCACGGCGCCGACCUCACCGGCGCCAACCUCGGCGGCGCCGACCUGAAGAAUGCCGACUUGCGCGGCGCAGUCCUCAUCGGCGUCAACCUCAAGACGGCCGACCUCGAGGGCGCCGACUUGCGGGGCGCGAAGUUCGAGCGCGCC